CAUUUGGUGAAUCUGUCUCCCCCUCCUGUCUCGUUCUCUGUUUCUUUCCUCUAUUAUUUUCCACUCAGUUUCUCGUGGUUUAAAAUGGCGGCGUUGAGCAGCGCCGAGUCCCCACCGCCCGUCUUCAACGGAGACACCAUGAACCGCGAUCCGGAGCGGGACCCGGGACUGGACGAGCUGGGCGCGGGGCUCGAACCCGCCUGUCCCGGAGGAGCGGCGAUCCCCGAAUGUCAACAGGACAUUCCCGAGGAGAUAUGGAACAUCAAACAAAUGAUUAAGUUAACCCAAGAGCACCUAGAAGCCCUUUUAGACAAGUUUGGAGGAGAACACAAUCCGCCAUCUAUAUACCUGGAGGCCUAUGAAGAGUACACUAGUAAGCUGGAUGCAUUACAGCAGCGGGAACAGCAGCUUUUGGAGGCCAUUGGGAACGGAACAGAGUUCUGCUCCUCGCCCACACCCACCCUGCUGGAUGUAAAGGGACCGGGCGCCCAGAGCGCCCCCACCGCCCCAAACACCUUGGCUGUCCUGCAAACCCCUACAGACGCAACACGAGGGAAUCCCCGCUCACCCCAGAAACCCAUCGUAAGGGUUUUCCUGCCCAACAAACAGAGGACAGUGGUUCCAGCUCGCUGUGGGAUGACGGUGAGAGACUCCUUAAAGAAAGCUCUGAUGAUGCGAGGCCUGAUCCCAGAAUGCUGUGCGGUUUACAGGGUUCAGGAUGGGGAGAAGAAGCCCAUUGGCUGGGACACAGACAUUUCCUGGUUGACGGGAGAGGAGCUUCAUGUUGAGGUUUUAGAGAAUGUGCCACUGACGACCCAUAAUUUUGUGCGAAAGACCUUCUUCACGCUGGCCUUCUGUGACUUUUGCCGGAAGCUGCUGUUUCAGGGCUUCCGCUGCCAGACGUGCGGCUACAAGUUCCACCAGCGCUGCAGCACAGAGGUCCCGCUCAUGUGUGUCAACUACGAUCAGCUGGAUUUAUUGCUGGCAUCAAAAUUUCUGGUGCACCACCCCAUUACCCAGGAGGAGGCGUCAUCGGAGGGCACGACACCCGUGUCAGAGAUGUGCCCCUCCCUCCCUCCAUCCGAGUCCACUGGGUCUCUGUGCCAUCCUACUGUGUCCCCGUCCAAAUCCAUCCCUAUCCCACAGUCCUUUAGACCUGGAGAGGAAGACCACCGCAACCAGUUUGGCCAGAGGGAUCGCUCCUCCUCAGCCCCUAACGUCCAUAUCAACACCAUCGAGCCGGUCAACAUUGAUGAUUUGAUCCGUGAUCAAGGCUUACCGAGGUCAGAUGGAGCCCCCUCGCAACACCCAGCCCGCUGCUUGAGGAAGAACCGAACACGGACCUCAAGCCCCCUUCUGUCCUCCCACCCCAAUGACAUUGUCUUUGAUUUUGAGCCUGAGCCAGUGUUCAGAGGCUCCACCACAGGCCUGUCAGCCACACCUCCUGCCUCCCUGCCUGGUUCCCUGCCCAAUGUGAAGGUGUCCAAAUCACCCUGCCAACCGAGAGAAAGGAAGCCAUCGUCUUCGUCAGAGGACCGCAAUAAAAUGAAAACCCUGGGUCGACGGGACUCGAGCGAUGAUUGGGAGAUCCCAGAAGGUCAGAUCACCCUGGGACAGAGGAUAGGAUCUGGCUCUUUUGGAACAGUCUACAAGGGAAAGUGGCACGGUGAUGUGGCAGUAAAGAUGUUGAAUGUCACAGCUCCCACUCCACAGCAGCUACAGGCCUUUAAGAAUGAAGUGGGUGUCCUCAGGAAAACCCGCCAUGUGAACAUCCUUCUCUUCAUGGGCUACACCACCAAACCCCAGCUGGCUAUUGUUACACAGUGGUGUGAAGGCUCGAGUCUCUACCACCACCUGCACAUCAUCGAGACCAAGUUUGAGAUGAUCAAGCUGAUUGACAUUGCCCGUCAGACAGCUCAGGGCAUGGACUAUCUGCACGCCAAGUCCAUCAUCCAUAGAGAUCUGAAGAGUAACAAUAUCUUUCUACAUGAGGACCUAACAGUAAAGAUUGGUGAUUUCGGUCUGGCUACAGUGAAAUCCCGCUGGAGCGGCUCGCAUCAGUUUGAGCAGCUUUCUGGCUCGAUCUUGUGGAUGGCUCCUGAGGUGAUCAGACUGCAGGAUAAAAACCCAUACAGUUUCCAGUCGGAUGUCUACGCGUUUGGCAUUGUUCUCUAUGAGCUCAUGUCAGGGGCUCUGCCUUACUCUAACAUCAACAACAGAGAUCAGAUUAUCUUCAUGGUUGGCCGGGGUUACUUGUCCCCUGACCUGAGCAAAGUGCGCAGUAAUUGCCCCAAGGCCAUGAAGAGACUUAUGGCAGACUGUCUGAAGAAAAAGCGAGAGGAGAGACCUCUUUUCCCUCAGAUCCUGGCCUCUAUUGAGUUAUUGGCACGCUCUUUGCCCAAGAUCCACCGCAGCGCUUCUGAACCGUCCCUUAACCGCGCUGGAUUCCAGACAGAGGACUUCAGCCUGUAUGCCUGCGCUUCCCCCAAGACACCUAUCCAGGCUGGUGGCUAUGGUGAAUUCUCAGCAUUUAAAUAGUGCUGCAAAUCCUAAAACUCCAUCCCUUGUCAGUUUUUACGACGUCUUGUGUUCCUACGGUGGGUUCAUCCAUAACAACACAGAAAAGGACUAGUUUUCAAAGAAUGUGCUGUUUUUCUUCCUCUUUACCCGAAGAGCUACGGCCUCAACGGAAUUGCUUUAAAAUAAAAUGAUCUCUGCAGGGUGUCAUUGCUGAUUUUACAAAAAUGUCAUAAACAUCACAUAGGACAGCUCGAUAAUGCAGCGUAUAACAAAAACGACUGGCGUGAGAAACCAACAGCUGCUCACUGGAAAGAAAAAACGCAAACAAACCCAACCUGAUUUUGGCAGGGGAUGAAAAUCUUUCCCCAAUAACGAAGAUAAAUGGGUUUGGGAUGAAUGAUAUUGGAAGCAGAAGCCCCGCCUUUGCUCCGCCCCUGGAGGGGAAGAACACACAGCACUGGCCGAUCAGAAAACAGGGCCCAGUGGCAUGGAAUGAUGGGAAAAUUGGCAUAAGAGAGAGGACGUCAAGUCGCAGUCAUGGAAUGGAAAGGUGCUGAAUGUCAGGAGAUAACUUGAAUGAUAUUUAGAAUUUGUUACGAGAUGUCGCCUGUGGCUGGAUUUACUAAUAAUACAGAUUUCUUUGGUCAUUAGCAUUUUUUUUUCCCCUUAAGGGUGACAUGUUGUAGAUAAACAGACCCUUUUUUCAGUUACAGAUAUAGUUUGUGAAAAGUGGUAAAUGAAGCAACCAUCAAAAGACCUCUUUUUUUAUAUAUACAUAUAUAUUCUAGAAUAUUCUGUAGGUUCUUUUGCUUUUAGUUAUUUGUCAAAGCAAACUCUAGUAUUUUUAUUUAUUUUGCAUUUCACGUGUCCCACGCAAAGAAGCCUGGUGAAAUGUUUUUAGCCUCUCUUGGAUCGGCACAAUCAAAGCGGUUUCCGCGCUUCUAGAGAAUGUGAUUUAGUUUUGUUUAGUUUCACCUCCUUAUAGUAGCUGGCAUUAUGUUUCUGAAUAAGUCAAAGGCUAUAUUAUUUAAAGUUUCUUGUAGAAAAACCCACUGUAUAAAGCAAACACGAAGCCUUGCUAUGGAGUAACAAUGUGGGCGUAUUUCAGAUGUAUUUCUGUACUUUUCACUACAACUUUAAGCUUAACUGUUGUUAUUAGAAGCCAUUCCUUUUAGGCCAUAACGGUUAACAGAUUUUUAUUUUUAUGUUUUGUUUUUUUGUUUUUUGAGAUUCGAUCCAUCCGAGUCAUGUGAAAACUCUUUGGACCUUGCACCGCUGGAUUCAUUCCGAUAUGUUUGUUCACGGGUCAUAGCAUUUUUUUUUUUUUUUUUAAGUUUCAUAUAGUUUUUCUUGUGUUAUAGACAGGCAGGCCUGCAAAGUUACAUUAAUUUAUAUUGCUUUAAUUGUUUUACUUUUUGUUCAGUGUUUCGAACUCUCAGAGAGGUGUGUGUGUAUGUGUGUGUGUGUGUAUAUAUACAUAUAUAUUUUCUCUCACUCAUUCUGUGAUUUGCUGAAAUGGACAUUACGCAGUGUGUCUGUGCACUUUGUAUAAAUGACUGAUGCAGAUAAGCAAUUUUGCCUUUUUAAAGACUUAAUAUAUUUUGUCAUAUGAAGAGGUUAAAGCAUGGUUACCGGAUUGCAAAAUGAAUGAAAAUCGAUUUCAAAAGCAGGCAGGGCCAUGGGACACUAAAAACCAAAGCUUAAUUCAACCUCCUAACGCCAUCUGUGUCCACCUUCGCCAUUUGCCGGAGAACGGUUAUCUGGAUCUUCGACCAAAUCGAUUCGCCCUGUGACUCGAACAGGUGAUAAAGCGGCGACUCUUCGUUUCAAGUUGGUCCAAAGACUUCUGCGUCAACCCUCUAGCAUAGCUUUGGGCUGUAGUGACACUAGCACUGUGUAGCCCUGAAGUUCACCUAGACACUGUGGACAGUGGAAGUGCCCUCGUAGGGAUGCUUUUUGUUAUUUCGGCCUCUUCGUAGUGAAAUAAGUGGCUCCGGCUCCUUUUUUUUGUUCUCGUAGGAAAUGACGCAUUUUUGCUUUCGGCUCCACAAAAUGCUUGAUGUUGCACAGAUAACCGAGGCUCUCCGCUUGGUUCGCCACUCGUGCUCUGUUACAAAAGUGAGGACACGUGCCCCAUCUUCUUGCUUCUGUUGAGAUGGAUUGAAUUAUUUAUUUUGGUUCUCUUUUUCGAUUAUUUUUAUAAGGACGAUGCUCUGUGAAUUGGUUCCGCCACUUAAACUUGCCAUUAAGGAGAGAGGAGCUCCACGGAUCCUUUGGGCUCGUGACGGUGGUCACUGUUUUCACAUGUAUAGUUUUUGACGAGACGUCUGAAUGAACUUGUUACCAGAUUAAGCUGGCAAACCUAACGUGGGUUGCGUCUGGAGACGGUGUAGAGGUGUAUUUUAAGAAUGCUGUAUUUAUUUUCUAUGGGAAUGUUACUGAAGAGGUCUGACUUGUGAAGGAUUGAUCCUUCUUGACUGGAAUACUUGGUGACCUGCUUAAUUACAACUCGGAGAUAAACACACAUAUAUAUAGAUUCUCUAUAGCCUUUUUUCUUUCACUCCCCAAAUCCCCCAUUUUAUUUGCUUUAAAGCCUUCAACAAAAACGUCCGUAUCACAUUCCUUUCUGUUGCCUUGCCUGCACUUUAACCCUCCCCCCCCAGUGCAAGUUAAUUCAAGUGAGAACUAUCAUACAAAUGUUUGGGAGACUCUUUUCAUCUGUAAAUAGCUGUACAAAGGAAGUACUGUCCGUUUGCUAGGAGGCAUGGAGAUAAAAACAAUGAAAUGACUUCAAAUGUUUCAACUUAAAGGUUAAGAAAAGACAUUUUGAUAGAUGAAAUUCUGAGAAAAUAUUUCUGUGUAAAAAUAUUUAAGACUGUAUUAUAUAAAAGGAAAAGAGCUUAAUGUAUUUGUUGUGAAUAUGAAAAACUGAUAUAUUAAAGAAGUGCAUGAAAACUG